AUGGAUCUCAAUAUGGCUACGGUGAUGUCGUUGUCUGGACGAGUAGGUCUUGUCACAGGUGGAGGGACAGGGAUAGGACUUACCAUUGCCAAAGCCUUCGCUGCGAAUGGAGCAAAGGUAUAUAUCACUGGGCGCAGGCUAAACGUUUUGGAGGAAGCCGCUGCGUCUGUUACAGGCGUUCCGGGAUCUCUUGUCCCACUCCGGAUGGACGUGACGGAUGAGGAAAGCAUCAAAGCUGGCGCAAACCACGUCGAAGAAAUUGAUGGCAAGCUCGAUAUCCUUGUAAACAAUGCCGGAUUUGCCGCCUCCCUUCGGGACCCCGACCAGCUUGUCGCAAAGAGAUCCAUUGCAACAGAUCCUCUCGAACUCGAGACGGUAGAGAACUGGACGGAUAUCUUCGCGCUCAACACUAUCGCGCCAUUCUUUGUCGUUCGCGCCUUCCGAUCUCUGCUCGUCAAAGGAGCUCAUUCCCGUCCACAAGGCAUGUCAAGCGUUAUCAAUAUCAGUAGCGCGGCUGCGAAGGUAAACACAUUGGCUUACCUGACUUGUAUGGCAUACGGAGUGACAAAGGCAGCCUUGGAGAAGCUGACUCUCGUUCUCGCGACGAGCUUUGCUCAGAGGGAUAUCCCGAUCCGAGUGAAUGCCUUGGAACCUGGUUUGUUUGCGUCGCAGCUGCUGAGUCCUGAAUUUGUCGAGACGAUCAAGACGAAGCCACCCCCUGGGCUCAUGGCGCCAGUACCUGCGAGAAGGCAUGGAAAUGAGGCUGAGAUGGGGAUGACGGCGGUCUAUUUAGCGGUGUCGGACUAUACGAACGGAGCGAUUUUGAGAAUUGACGGUGGAGUAUCGCUCGUAAAUCCUUGA